AUGGGACGUCUGUCUCUGCUCCUGGUUGUCACUCUGUCCGUGCUCACCUGCCAGGUUUCAUGUUCCGGGGUGUUUGAGCUGAAGCUGCAGGAGUUCCUCAACAAGAAAGGGAUAACGGGGAACGCGAACUGCUGCGCUGGAGGCUCCGCGCAUCCGCAGGGACACCAGCACUGCGAGUGCAAUACUUUCUUCCGGAUCUGUCUGAAGCACUACCAGACCAACGUGUCCCCCGAGCCGCCCUGCACCUACGGCGGGGCUGUGACUCCGGUCCUCGGCUCCAAUUCCUUCCAGGUGCCGGAGACCAAUGCGGACAGCUUCACCAACCCGGUGCACUUUCCCUUCGCCUUCACAUGGCCGGGGACGUUUUCACUGAUCAUUGAAGCCCUGCACACUGACUCCCUGGACGACCUGGCAACAGACAACCCAGAGCAUCUGAUCAGCAGGGUCACCACCCAGCGUCACCUCACCGUGGGAGAGGAGUGGUUCAAGGACAUGCAGACAUCCGGCGGGACGGAGCUGCGUUACUCCUAUCGCUUCCUGUGUGACGAGCACUACUACGGUGACGGCUGUUCUGUCUUCUGUCGGCCCCGAGACGACGCCUUUGGCCACUUCACCUGUGGCGAGCGUGGGGAGAUCAUAUGCAACUCUGGCUGGAAGGGACAUUACUGCACUGAACCACUCUGUCUUCCUGGCUGUGAUGAAGAACAUGGCUUCUGUGAAAAACCAGGAGAGUGCAAGUGUCGUGUGGGCUUCAGUGGACGUUACUGUGAUGACUGUAUCCGUUACCCAGGCUGCCUCCAUGGCACCUGCCAACAACCCUGGCAAUGUAACUGCCAGGAGGGAUGGGGCGGGCUCUUCUGCAACCAGGAUCUGAACUACUGUACGCACCAUAAGCCCUGCCUAAAUGGAGCCACCUGUACCAACACUGGCCAGGGCAGCUACACUUGCUCCUGUCUACCUGGAUUUGCGGGCGCCAGCUGUGACGUUGAAGUUAAUGAAUGUUCUGGAAACCCCUGUCGCAACGGAGGCAGCUGCACUGAUAACGACAAUGGCUACAAGUGCACCUGUCCGCCUGGUUUCUACGGCAACAACUGCGAGUUGAGUGCCAGUACCUGUGCAGAUGGGCCUUGCUUCAAUGGCGGACAUUGUGUCAACAACCCUGAAGGGGGCUACUUCUGUCAGUGCCCGUUGGGACAGGCCGGCUUCAACUGCGAGAAGAAAAUCGACCACUGCUCCUCCAACCCUUGUUUGAAUGGUGCGGAAUGUGUGGAUCUGGUGAACUCCUACCAAUGUCAGUGUCCUGACGGAUUCUCUGGUCCUAACUGUGAGAACAGCGGCAGCAUCUCUGGACACUGUCCAUCCUUCCCCUGUCAGAACGGUGGGACGUGUCAAGAGGGAGUGAACGGCUACACCUGUACCUGCCCUCCAGGCUACACUGGCAAAAACUGCAGCUCCCCCCUCUCCCGCUGCUCUCACAACCCCUGCCACAAUGGAGCUACCUGCCACGAGCGUGGCGGGCGUUAUGUGUGUGCUUGUGUGCCCGGCUAUGGUGGUCACAACUGCCAGUUCCUCUUACCAGAGGUUCCUAAAGGUCAGCCGGUGGUGGACGGACCGGAUCGACGGUAUUCUUCACCGGAAAAAGGAAAUGUUGAAGAUGAGGAGGAUGACGAUAACGGAUUCCCAUGGACGGCUGUGUGUGCCGGUGUCUUCCUCGUUCUGGUGAUCCUGAUUGGCUGCUCAGUGAUGGUUGUCUACGUUCGUGUCAAACUGCAAGAUCGGCAAAGUCACCACAGUGACAGUGUCCACAGUGACAGCCGCGAGACCAUGAACAACCUGACGACCACCAACAAUUGUCUCCGCACUGACAAGGAAGUGGGUGCUUUGAUGACGGCGUCCAUUAAAAACACCAACAAGAAGGUGGAUUACCAUUCAGACCUCGCUGGGUCGCUGGGCGGUCUGAGUGGAAUCAGCGGGCUCAAUGGAUCAGAGAAGAACGGCUAUAAGACUCGCUAUACCAGUGUGGAGUACAACCUGGUGCAUGAGGUCCGGCCGGAGGAGAUGCUGCUGUGCAAAGAAGAGGAGCACGAUGAGCCAGAGGUCAACUGUGAAAUGCUGGAUGAGUUUGACUCAGAGGAAAGAUACAGGCAAAAGAGUGAUGCAUCAGAAAAGAAAUACGAUGAAGAGUCACCAAGCUGCAACGAAGCAAAUUAUCAGUCCUCGAGUGAACUGAACUAUCAUGCAGCAAGUGAUCUUAAAUAUCAGUCAACCAGUGAUGUCAAAUACCAGUCAACCUGUGACGUCAAUGACGUCAAGUACCCAUCAACCAGUGACGUCAAGUACCCAUCAACCAGUGACGUCAUGUACCCAUCAACCAGUGAUGCUGAAUACCACUGUCCCAGUGACAGCAGGUACCAGUGUUCCACUGACACCAAAUACCAGUCUGUUUACGUCAUGUCGGACCAGAAGGACGAAUGUAUCAUCGCUACAGAGGUAUGAUACUGGACCAGUUUCCUCUGGUUGUGGUUGAUCCACACACUCACCAGCCCUGAGCAG